ACUGAGGCCAGGGGAGGAGGAGCUUUGGAUGUUUGAUCCUUAGAAUUGCAACUUAGCAAGACCCCAUAGGAUCGGUUCAGAUUAAUAAGUGCCUGGCAGUUAUAUACAGGCAGCAAACCAGAGAUAUCCUGGCACAAAAUACAAAAUAAGCAGCAGUUUAAGCAGAGAGGGUGGAUGGCUGCCGGUACACACUGGCGCCAUCUUGCCCUCUUGCAUUCUUGCAAAAGUAUUGUCAAAAAUCACACCCUUUUUUCUUUUUGAGAAGGAUCAUUUAUAGAUUUCCAGGAUGACAAGAGCUCAGUCCAUGAUCAGCCCUAUGGUUUCUUGCGCCCCCUUGUGGGCACAGAUAAGGUAAGAUAAUCUUUGAACUCGUCAGUCAGUCCUUCAGUCUCAGAGCUUCGCCUUCAUUCCAGCAAACAUGAACAAAAGCUUCAUCUUCCUCAAGUACGGCUUGCUUGUCUUCAGCCUGCUGGUUGGUAUUGUUGGAGUUCUGAUGUUCACCUCAGUGAUUUAUCUGACAGUCAGCGUCACACAGUCGUUCAACCCCAUCUGGAUCGGAUUAAUUCUGACGCGGCCGUGGAUCAUCACCUUGGUCACCCUCGGCCUCGCGGCUCUCGGCACGUACGGCAGCAUCGCCGAGAAGACCACACCGCUCCACGUGUUCUAUGUCCUGAUGUGGAUUAUCACGGCCAUCCUGGCGGGCAACGGCAUCCGUAUCAUCUUCGAGGUCACAUCUGAAGUACAACAGGGUUUGCUCAAGCCCUUGAGCAUUGUAAUGGGAAUCAUCUUUGGACUUGCUUCCUUGACGGACGCGUGUAAUACACAGAGUCGCCAUGCCAGGAGGACUGGCACUGUAGUACAGACUACAGUCAACAUUCUCUUACAAAUGAGAAGAGUUAUAUCUUCCUGCCCAGAGCCUGGGACAGAGAAUGCAGGGUCCUUCCCAGGAUUAAACGCUCUCCCCCAGCGAUCCCGGCUGAAUCUCUCCCGGCACCCCGAGAAUCCCACACCGCGCUCGUGCAGAUCAUCAUAAAAGCACACACGGCCGCGGCGCUUUUUAUGAUGAAGCACGGUCCAUUCCUCAUCUUUUGCCGUAAUUCACUCGGCCGAACUAUCAAAAAAAUAUAAAGGAAUAGGCUGAU